AUUGUUCCAUGAUCAUGCUUGAAGCUGGCUCAAGGCUGUCUCGGAUAAGCAAGGAAAGGCCCAUUAUUCAGUAGCAGAGGGUGUACGCACAGGAAACCUCGAGGAUUUCGGCGUUUUUAGACAAGGGAGUGACUGGUAAAACUUGAGUCAAGCACAAGAAGCACGCGUGAGAAUAACACGCACGCACAAAAUUCAAGGCUCCUAGGCGUUCCAAAGCCUGCGAUGUCUCACUUCACGCCGAAGAGGAACCAAGGGAAAAGGGGAGAGCAGAACAAUAAGGCAAGAGGCGGCCGUGGAGGAGCAGAGAGCCCUAUCGGUGACCCCUUCGCACUCUCAAAGGAGCGUCUAGCAUCGUUAGAUCUGGAAGGUGGCCUAAAUCAACGGAGGGACUACUCAGAGUCAUGCCACGAGCUCGCUCUCCUCCUCCGCCUCUGCUACUCCCUCUCUCCCAAGCCCGUCCAAGCUCACCUCUUCGCCCUCGUACAGCAAGCCAUCACAAAUUUACCAUGCAUGGACGGCGCCCUGCACAGGUCAGCAGCGCGUCAGCUCAUGCAGGCGUGUCAGGCAGCGCUGCCACGUCAUCGCAAGCAAGCGGUUACCAGCGAGUACAAGCGCCUCUGCGUCAUGCUCGCUCGGGCAGAGAAAAAAACUUCAAACGCAGAAGAGGAUUCACAAACAGACAGUCCACUUGCAACCACCGGAGAGGCACUUUCAUCCCUGUCCUUAAACGAAUUCUCCUCUGACGAGUAUAGCCUUGAAGCGUCUCCAAGGUUGUUUCCUGCCAGUUUCGGCACCGUACCUCCCUCUAUCCCCCCGCUCCCUCCUCUCCCUUCAGACAUCGUUCACCUCCUCUUCUUUCAUCUUGAGACCCCCUCCCUUGCCCGAGCCUCUGCUGUUUGUUCUCUAUGGAGGGAUAUUGCAGCUUCGGCCGAACCUGCCUGGUGCGCGCACCUCGCUGCUUGCUUCGGUUCCGUGCCUGAUGCCGAGGCUCGGGAGAGCAACGAUGGGAAGGGAAGGUCGGGAGAGGAGGGGAGGGGCCGGCAGGAGUCAUUGUGGAAGGAGCUGAUCUCUCAUUGUAAAACGGCUGUCCCUUUAUCCUCAAUACAGUCCAGCCGGGUACUGUGUAGAGAAUGCAGCACGGUGGCAUGGAUACCGAAUUCUGCCCCCACGCCUCCUUCUCACCUUCCAGCGGCUUCCUCUUCCUUGGGUCGGCCGUCGGCACCACCAUUAAUAUCAGCAGCAGUCGGGCCCUCCUCUCACUUUUCUCGAGGCAAAAAUAAGGGCAGGGCUGGUAAUAUGUUUGAAGGGAGAAAGGCGAACGGACUUUUGGACAGCAGCUUAGCUGGUGGUGCGGUUGCUGGGACUUCUAAGUUGUAUCAUGUGGGACGUGAUGCAGUGGGACAGCGUAGUUUGGGUAGCAGCAGCAGCAGUGGUGGCAGCGUCAGUGGCGGUGGCGGCGGCGGCAGCAGCAUCAGCUACGGCAGCAGUGGCAACGGCAGCGGCAGCGGCAGCAGCAGCAGCAGCUGUGGCAGCAGUGGCAAUGGCAGCGGCAGCGGCAGCAGCAGCGGUGCAGCAAGGUUCUUCGGGCGCACGUGUCGUGUGAAGAGCACAACAAGACGAGGGUACCGACUGCAGCAGCACGUGUGGAGACUCGCCGGCACAUCAAUGGUCGUUGCAUCCCUCUCUGACGACUUUGAGGGUGGCGAGGAGGAUUCUAGUGAUGAUGAUGACAUGAAGUGUGGAUUCUGGAACAGGCAGAGCUGAUUGCCAGUCGCAUGCAUCUCGAUUUUGCUAGGACCCAGUAUGCAACAAAAGGGUCAAGUCAAAUGCUCAUUUCUUGUGGGGCUUGUUGAGAGUGGUAUAUAAGUGGUAGGUGUUGGGCUGAGAAAAUGCCCUUAGGAUCUUUCCAGAGAUUAAGUCCCAGUUGUAAAAGGAGACUUUGAGCAGUGCAGCGGAAGUUGAGUAGUUGAUAUCAGAAUUGAAAUUUGAA